AUGGCGCGGAGCAUAUUGGUAUUGGUGAUGAUGCUCGAUCUCUGUUGUGUGCACGGGCAGGUCAGUUACUCCAUUCCAGAAGAAAUGUCGAAGGGCUCUUUAGUGGGUAAUAUAGCGCAAGAUUUGGGCUUAGAUAUAAAAAGACUGAAAACAGGCAAGGGUCGCAUCUUCACGGGUGACCAGGCGGACUAUAUCGCACUUGACAAGGACAGGGGCAUCCUUCUGAUCAAAGAGAGAAUAGACAGAGAAGCGCUGUGUGAGCAAAUAUCACCAUGCGCUUUACAUUUUCAGAUUAUUCUUGAGAAUCCAAUGGAGUUGUACAGUGUGACGUUUUUUGUUGAAGAUCAGAAUGAUAACGCACCCCAGGUUCUAUAUCCUGUUCAAACUAGUGGAUCUUUGGUCGCUGAAAUUGUUCCUCGUUCAGCUGAUGUGGGCUACCUGGUCACCAAAGUAGUAGCUGUUGAUGUGGACUCUGGACAGAAUGCCUGGCUCUCAUACAAACUGCAGAAAGCGACAGACAGAGCGCUGUUUGAAGUUGGGGCUCAGAAUGGAGAAAUAAGAACCAUUCGACAAGUUAAUGAUAAAGAUGUCGUGAAGCAAAAGCUUACUGUUGUAGUGGAGGACAACGGACAGCCCUCUCGCUCUGCUACAGUCAAUGUGAAUGUGGCUUUAGCGGACAGCUUUCCUGAAGUGCUCUCGGAAUUCAGUGAUUUUACGCACGACAAGGAAUACAACGACAACCUGACUUUUUAUUUAGUCUUGGCCCUGGCUGUAGUUUCUUUUCUCUUUAUCGUGUCCAUAAUAGCCAUACUGUCAGUGAAAUGCUACAGAUGGAAACGUGACAAGAUGUUUUAUAAAUCCAACGGAAAUCUACCGGUUAUCCCGUAUUACCCGCCUCUUUACGCAGACGUAGGGGGCACAGGAACUCUACAGCAUGUGUACAACUACGAACAUUACAGAACAACCGACUCCAGAGAGAGUGAUCUGAAAUAUGUCAGACCUUGUAAUCAAAGCAUCAUCAGUCUGGAUAACACUGAAAUACAGACUCUACCGCAUGUUCACAACGAGAAACUGAUUGACGACUCUGAAGAUCAGAAAGUCACUUGA